GUUUGCGUCAAACCUAGAUUUCCCCACAGCUUUUGUUUCAAUUUGCGAAAUGAAGCACACGUAUGCUCGAAAAGAUAUGGGUGUCGUGAAGUCCGAGAAGUUCACCCGCCUGUGCUCGUUGACAUACGCUAGCACCGAUGAUGAAGCGCACGAAGAGCGAAAAUGGGAGAUGGUGCAGCGAACAACGCGCACGACUCCCAUAGAAGCGUUUAAGCGUUCACCUGCUCCCAUCCCGGUCGAUGCAGUUGAAAUUUGUGCGACUCUGCGGAGAGCAGAGGAGCUCUUUAUUCUUGUCGUUGCACAAUAUCGCCCACCGCUGGAUGCAGUUUGUCUCGAGUUUCCGGCGGGGCUUGUGGACGCUGGAGAGAACUACGGUGAGGCGGCAAUUCGCGAACUGCGCGAAGAAACAGGCUAUUCUGUCGACGCGAGCGGUAUCGUCUCCAUCUCGCCUCCUCUCUCGACAGAACCUGGGCUGACCGACUCGUGUUGCGUACUCGUACGUCUUUCCAUUAACGGCAAUCUUCCGGAAAAUCAGCAUCCGCAGCAAGUAUUGGAUGACGGAGAAGAUAUUGAGGUAUUGCUGAUUCCUGUUGGCGACUGCAAUAAAGCUCACGAUGCUCUUUCGCAAGCUGUUGGCAAGUACGAAGCAAAAGGUCAGCGUACAGUUGUAGACGCGAAGCUAUACACUUUUUUCGAUGCUAUGACAUACACUCGUGGCCAGAAUUGCCCCUCUGCAUUAUAG